AUGCCAAUCAAAAGGGGCCAUGUUGCACCACAAAAUACGUAUAUCGUCACCCUAAUUCGGAGCUUUGAUCCUCAAAGCAACAAUUUCCUGGCGGCAAACGCGAUGUUUCCGACAAAGCCAAUUAUUUAUUGCAGCGAUGGUCUUUGCCACCUUUUGGGUUUCACGAAGGCGGAGCUUAUGCUAAAAUCGGCUGUCUUGACCAUCCUUCAUGGUGUGGAAACCACUACCACUUCCGUUGAGUCUUUGUGUACCGCCCUUCAAGAAACUAAUGAAACAGAAAUUCCCAUUCGCUUAUAUUCUAAAGCUGGUUGUCCAAUCCCUUGUAGGGUUGCUGUGACGCCCGUCAGAGAUGAGACCGGACAAUUACCACUGUAUAUACUCUUCUUUCGCCGUGAUGAAGGCGGGGCUCCAACUUUUGACACUUUUACCAAAAGGUCGAGCCUGCGUGCUCGUUUUCAGCUGAAGCCGUUCCGUUCCAACCGUGGUUCAAAGGAUCUCCCUAAAAGACCACGCAAUACUGGACCGGAGUGUAGGCUCUUUUCUUACUUUACACCUAUCACUUCGCAAGGUUCAUUGUUAGUGGAGAACUUGUCAGGCCACCAGGGACAAUACUGUGGCUCCUCUGGUUACCAAGCCGAUCCAGAAUCUAUCGAAGUGUCCGAUAAUCUGGCUGAUGUACCAUCCAGUUCAGUCGAAGGAAGUUCCACAGAUAGUUCCGGAGAAAAACCUGCUCCACAACACGAUGCGAAAUCAGGCGUUCUACGACAGGCUACAAAGCGCCCACUUUCUCUACUUACCUCACAUAAACCGAAGGCUCCGGACUCGAGAUCAGAGCAUGAUAUCUCUCCACGCCAGGCCACACAAACGGGAGACUGUUCACCAACAAGACGUCGACCAGCGACCUGGUAUCAUUCCCGAGCCGGCAGUGCAGACUCUCUGGUUAUAAACCACUCGUCGGGCGCUCAGAAACGCACUGGGGCUUAUGGAAAUUUGGCCGAAUCAGAAGCAUUGCGUCUGGUAUUAAGUAGUCAUCCUGAACCUACCAAGGCAUCUGUGACCGAAAAAUUUGCACAGUUUCUAUCCAUGGAUGAAGACUUGCACGUGGAACACCGGUUUCAAUCUCCCCAUAUGCAUAAGUUCACUCUGAAGCACUAUAGCAUGUUCAAAGCUAUCUGGGAUUGGAUAAUACUGGUUAUGAUCAUCUAUACAGCGAUAGCCACCCCGUUUGUAACAGUUUUUCUGACGAACAAGUACUCGAACAAGUAUUCACAAAUCACAUCGUCUCGAAUGAAUCAGACGACAGAAAAGACUGAUGCGGACAAUUUCCACCUGCUUGGAAUUGAAAUCCUGGUGGACAUUAUGUUCCUUGUGGAUAUUCUGAUCAAUUUCCGUACAACCUAUGUGAACAAAAACGACGAGGUUGUGUCCCAUCCCAGACGCAUUGCUACGCAUUAUUUGAAGGGUUGGUUCUUCGUUGAUUUGGUCGCGGCUAUACCAUUCGAUCUGGUAUUCAUCAAUCUCAAGGAUAAACCAACUCAGGUAACGACUCUGCUCAAAUCUGCACGUUUGCUGCGGCUUUUCGGAAUUGUGAGAAAGUUGGAUCGAUACUCGGAAUACGGGGCUUCCAUUCUCUUGUUGCUCACAGCACUUUUCGCGCUAAUUGCUCACUGGUUGGCUUGCAUAUGGUAUGCCAUUGGUAAAGAAGAGCAUCGAGGUGAGGGACCAAAAAUAGGAUGGCUUAACACACUGGCAAUGCAGACUGAGCAGCACUACACGGAAGAUCCAAGUUCUGGACCAGAUAUACAGACAAAGUACAUAACUGCUCUGUAUUUCACCUUUUCAAGUCUUACCUCAAUCGGCUUUGGAAAUGUCAGUCCCAAUACCAACGCGGAGAAGGUGUUCUCCAUCGUUGUCAUGCUUGUUGGAUCUCUCAUGUAUGCUAGCAUUUUUGGAAACGUUGGCGCCCUUAUCCAACGUUUGUACAGCGGAACCGCUCGCUAUCAUGCUCAGAUGCUUCGAAUCAAAGAAUUUAUCCGGUUUCACCAAAUUCCCAGCCCAUUGCGUCAACGUCUAGAGGAAUAUUCGACCCAGGUCUGGGAACACACCAACGGAAUCGACAUGACCAUGGUGCAGUACAGUUUUCCGGAGUCACUCCAAUCCGAUAUCUGUUUAUACGUAUAUCGGGAUUUCCUCGGUGGAUCUUCUGCAUUUAGGUCGCUAAACGAUGGCUGUCUUCGCAACAUAUCUCUGCGUAUUCGGGCAGCGCAUAUGCCUCCAAGCGACACACUCAUCCAUACCGGUGAUCUGUUGACUGCCGUUUAUUUCGUGGUCAAGGGCAGUCUGGAGGUCGUUACGACGGAUGAUUUGAUAUUAGGCGUUCUCAACCCAGGUGAUUUUUUCGGCGGAUUACCAACCUUGGUUGGGCGAAGUUCGAUAAAAGCCAAGCAUCACUGUCCGUACGGGUGUCAGCCAACUAUGUGUCAUUUCAGCUCACACCUACCGGCUCCUUUUGGAUCGGUAUCAUCAGUAACCGCCGUAGCUACACUCGGUAUGGCCCCACCCCCAAAGUCACGUUUCGCCGUGCGAGCUCUCACCUAUGCGGAUGUACAGUUUAUUGAUCGCCAUGAUUUGACUGACCUGUGUCACGUCUAUCCAGAAUUGGCGCAUCGCUUGUUAGAGCGAUUUGAACUUACUAUACCCUUGGUAUCACCUAAUUUGAACUUACCCCAACCUCUGAAAUCGGUGUCCCCUUGGUUCGGGUACAAGUCAAAUGUGGAAAGGUUUCUAAAAGCAAACUCGGUUUGGAACCCUGUGUCGAAAGAAAUCUUGCCUACCCUCGUCACUUUGAUAAACCAGCGCCGUAGGCCCAGUAUACCAGUGCACACUGAUGAUCUCUUCAAUUCUGCUCGACCCGCUUGGGAACUUGAACGACUCCAACGUCUAUUCGAUCAUGGAACUCUGUGUACAAACGCCACGGAAGAUUCUACAGCACCUGAUGCACAACCUACACUAUCCACUUUCAUGCGUUCACCAACCCGUCCGUUUCCUUCGGUAAAUGCCGCUGAAAUCACUCCCUCAGAUAAACGCUACCCGGCGAAUAUUUCCACGCGUCCCUUCCCGAUACCCCCUAUCGCGAGUUCGGUGCGGCCCCAUAGGAGUCGUUCACCUGCUUCCGAUCGCUCUCACUAUAUUAAUUCUCUGCCUACAUCAAUAGAAGAGGGAUCUCCUGACUUUGAACGACCACUGUCAGACAGCACUACAUCGGAUCGCUUAAGUGAUAUUCAGUUAGCCUGUCGUCUGUUGGAUAGAUUCUCCCGUGUUGAAAG